UUUUGUCCCAGUUUUAACACCCAGUAUGGGAUUGUGGGAGUGCCGACCGUCAUGCUGUUCCACAAUGGUCGUCCGGCAGCUAAGUUUAAUGACAGUGAAUAUACACUUGAGAUGUUCUCAAGAUUCAUCACCAGGCAUACAGGUAUUUUGCCAGAGGAGAAGAUGUUUGUGACAUCCGCUGAUUUCGGCGGACCAGUGGGUUCUGUGGUGGCCAAGGAGACGGACUACUGGCUAGGUCUCGCUUGGCUGGUGAUCGCUGUGGUGGGGGGUGUGGGCGUGGCCAAGUCUCGGAUGUGGCACAAUAUCGUGGAGGCAGUGCAGGAUUUAUGGCGAGAGACGGAAGCACAGCAUUUCCACAAUGAAUGAUACGGCACAUAGUUGUAUAUAAGUUCCUGUACAUUAUUUUAGCUGAUUUUUGCAAUAAAUGUGAUUUUGUAA